CCUCAAAGGUGGCGGCAUAUCAUAGCUGAUGCUGUGAAGAUAUUCAUUUGCGUUCGCAACGAGAGACAAAACGACUUCAACAGGAAAAUCAUGAAGUUAACCAUCAGUGCCCUGUUAAUCCUCGGAGUCGCUGUAUCAGCUCUCGCUAUUCCAGUCAAACGCAGUGAAGACGAUAAUGGAGUUUUCCCUGACUCAAGGUUCGAAGUAGGCCGAGAUCUUCAGCUAGAACGUCGAUGCCUGUCUAUGAGUUGUGGUAUAUAUCAGAAACUUCGUCUUGGCUCCAGAAGGGGCAACCGUAAAAGCCGCUUUGGGUCAUUUAGGAAGUUCUACAGCAGCCGCCGUAAAAGCCGGGCACGUGACAACAUCUCAAACAUCGACCGAAGGAUGCUAGAGGACUAUUUGUCAAAGAUGUCGCACCAAGAUCAGUAAUGCUAAGCAUGAACAAUGAGAGAAAUUAUCCUCGUUUAAAAAAAACGAAUUACUCUAAAAGAAUUUAAUGUAAAACCUAAGAUAUAUUAUGUGAAACAUUUGGUAUUAAUAAACGCUUUUGCUCACUAAUUUAAUGCUGAUCGCACGUGCAUUUGCAAGAAAUAAUUAAUGAAACGGCAAUUUAUUGGACAGUUCAACAAUAACGCUAAUGAUGUACAGCUUUUUGCAAAAGGUUGAUCGAAAAAUGUGUCGGCAUCGACUGCAAGGUGUCAUGGGUAUUGAUUAUUGAUAGCAAUAGUCACCUAUCAAAGGCARUCAAUACGGUUUAUUCUCCUCAAUAAAGAUCCUSGAUGACUGUUUGCUUGGUUUAAUUUGCCUGUGUUUUUGCCUACAGAUAGGUGGAUAUAAUCUAUCAAUAUUUAAUAACCAUAGUACCUUUCGGUCGUGCAGUUCUUGUUCUCUCCGACAACUUUGACAAUAGCAGUAUAGUAUACAGCACUAGAGUUAAAAGAUAACUAUGUGAUAACACAUGACAGAAUAAUCAAGAAAACCGCUAAAGACCACAAAAAUAACCAAAAAUAAGUUAACAGCGCAUGUGCAUAAAUCUACUAAUUCUAACGCGGUGUAACCAUCCUAAUUAAACAUCGGUGGCAUCAAGCAUGUGAACACAUUACGGCGUGUGGUUAAUAAAGAUGUAAUAAUCUUUACAAAUUAUUUGUAAAACCUUGAAAUUUUAUGAUUUAAUCUUUAAUAUUCCCUGAGGUAGAAUGACAAGGUUAAACGACAAACAUUCUAAUCCUCCCAUUUACCAUUCAGAUAUAAAGUUGAAGGGAAAACCAAUUAAAAUAAAACCAAAGACUCCUUAUA